UGACGUGGCCUCAAUGAUGGCACGAAAUGUGCUAUUAAUGUGAGACCGUGCCGUUUGGAUUUAUUUGUGAAAUAAUGCUGUAAUUAUGAAAAUUUGUUAGCAAAGGUUACAUCGAAUCGUUUCGAUAACGAAAUCAACUGUUCACGAUAAUUGCGCGUUAAUCCGAUCAGCAACAUGACCACGUACGAGGAUUUUAUUCAGCAAAACGAAGACCGAGAUGGUGUACGUUUUACCUGGAAUGUUUGGCCUUCGUCUCGUGUCGAUGCUACAAGACUCGUUGUACCAUUGGGAACUCUUUAUCAGCCUAUCAAAGAACGGCCAGAUCUUCCACAGAUACAAUACGAUCCAGUUUUAUGUACAAGGUCCACUUGUAGAGCAAUACUGAAUCCUUUAUGCCAAGUAGAUUACCGUGCUAAACUAUGGGUGUGCAAUCUAUGCUUUCAAAGGAAUCCUUUUCCUCCACAAUAUGCUGCUAUUUCGGAGCAGCAUCAGCCGGCUGAACUUAUUCCAAUGUUUUCAACGAUAGAGUAUACUAUAAUGAGAGCACAAUGUUUGCCACCCAUUUUCUUAUUGGUUGUGGAUACAUGCAUGGAUGACGAAGAAUUGGGUUCUCUUAAAGAUUCCCUUCAAAUGUCACUUUCUUUGCUUCCACCGAAUGCUCUCAUCGGUCUUGUUACAUUUGGAAGAAUGGUACAAGUUCAUGAAUUAGGUUGCGAUGGAUGCAGUAAAAGUUACGUUUUCCGUGGUACCAAGGAUCUACAACCAAAGCAAAUUCAAGACAUGCUUGGCAUAGGUCGACCGAUACCAGGACAAAACCCAAAUCAACAGAGAGGAACUGGUGUUCAACCACUGCCAGCAGCGAAUCGUUUCUUACAGCCCGUACAUAAAUGUGAUAUGAGUUUAACAGACCUUCUAGGGGAAUUACAGCGCGAUCCAUGGCCUGUAGGCCCUGGGAAACGUCCAUUACGAUCUACCGGUGUUGCACUGGCUGUUGCUACUGGUCUUUUAGAAGCUAGUUAUGCUAAUACAGGAGCUAGAAUAAUGCUAUUUAUUGGUGGACCUUGUUCUCAAGGACCUGGUCAAGUUGUAACGGAUGAUUUAAGACAACCUAUUAGAUCGCAUCACGAUAUCCAUAAAGAUAAUGCCAAACAUAUGAAGAAAGCAACUAAACAUUACGAUGCUCUCGCAUCACGGGCAGCAACCAAUGGGCAUAUAAUAGACAUCUAUUCGUGUGCUCUCGAUCAAACCGGUCUGUUAGAAAUGAGACAGUGUUGCAAUUCCACUGGUGGUCACAUGGUUAUGGGUGAUUCCUUUAAUUCAUCUUUGUUUAAACAAACGUUCCAACGCGUGUUCGCUAAGGAUAGUAAAGGUGAUUUAAAAAUGGCAUUUAACGCGACGUUAGAAGUUAAAACGUCUCGGGAAAUUAAAGUUUCUGGAGCGAUUGGCCCUUGCGUUUCUCUGGGUGUGAAAAGCGCGAGCGUCGGAGAGCAAGAAGUAGGAUUAGGCGGCACGUCUCAAUGGAAAUUCUGUGCCCUUACUCCGUCCACGACUACGGCAUUAUUUUUCGAGGUUGUGAAUCAACACACUGCUCCGAUUCCACAAGGUGGAAGAGGUUGCAUUCAGUUUAUUACACAGUAUCAACACAGUAGCGGUCAACGAAGAAUCAGAGUUACUACAAUUGCCAGAAAUUGGGCAGAUGCGUCAACGUCUUUACUUCACAUAAGUGCUGGAUUCGACCAAGAAGCAGCUGCUGUUCUCAUGUCGCGUCUAGCAGUAUUUAGGGCGGAAAGUGACGAUGGACCAGAUAUCUUAAGAUGGGUCGAUCGUAUGCUUAUCAGACUAUGCCAGAAGUUUGGAGAAUAUGCGAAAGACGAUCCAAAUAGCUUCAGGCUUGCGGAAAACUUUUCUUUGUAUCCCCAAUUUAUGUAUCACUUACGUAGAUCGCAAUUUUUACAAGUGUUCAACAAUUCUCCCGAUGAAACCAGUUUUUACAGGCACAUGCUCAUGCGAGAAGAUUUAACAAAUUCUUUGAUAAUGGUGCAACCAAUCUUAUACAGUUAUGGAUUCAGUGGCCCACCGGAGCCAGUUUUACUAGAUACUUCGUCCAUUCAACCUGACAGAAUUUUGUUGAUGGACACUUUCUUCCAAAUACUUAUAUUCCACGGAGAAACGAUUGCACAAUGGCGUCAACUAAAAUACCAAGAUUUACCAGAAUAUGAAAAUUUUCAACAAUUAUUAGCGGCACCUGUUGACGAUGCCGCCGAAAUUUUAGCUGGAAGAUUUCCUGCGCCUAGAUAUAUCGAUACCGAACAAGGUGGUUCACAAGCAAGGUUUUUACUGAGUAAAGUGAAUCCAAGUCAAACUCAUAAUAACAUGUUUGCUUAUGGUGCGGGGAUGCCGAUACCCAGUGGGGAAAGUGGAGCGCCCGUCUUAACGGACGAUGUUAGUUUACAAGUAUUCAUGGAGCAUUUGAAAAAACUGGCUGUAUCAUCUACAGCUUAAAUUGCAGUAAUAAAAGAACAAUGUUGCCUCAUCAUUUUGUCUAAAUAAAAUUUAGAAAUGCUGUGAGCUUCGCGAUGCGGUAUUGAGUUGCAUUUUAUUGAUAAGGAUAAAAUAGGCAUGGUAAGGAUUUAUAUAUACAGAAAUUAUGCGGUUAUAAUGAGAAUACAUAAUUAAAUAUAAUUCCUCGACAACUAUUUUUUCCAAAGUCAAGAUAUGACUUGUGUACAAAUAAAGUACAUAGUAUUAAUGUAAUGCAUAUUUUAAAUAUUCCGUGUUGUUCAACUUUUAAAAUGUCUCAUUGAUAGAAUAACUUAUUUUUCAACGGUAUUUCUUGUCAUAAAUAUAAUUUUUUGGAAUAUCAUAAAUAAUGUAACAAGACAUGUAAACAAAUCAUGUAUUAGACUUUGUAAGCAGUAGGUUGAAAGAACUGUAAUAAUUACAGAAUUUAUAUACUAUAAAGUAUAAUAAUUAUACACAAAUAUAUUUGUUUUAUUAAUUAAAAUAUUUUGUUUUUAUAAACAUCUUAUUCUUUCAAUGGAUUAUUAAAUAUCUAAUCUAGACGUUCAAUUUUUUUCUAUAUAGAAUAAAUAAAGUCGUAAAUGAGAAAUUUA